AUGCCUUCUGCUAAAGUCACUGUACUGUCUGUUUUCCUGGCUGUAGCCUCAACUGUUGCUGCCCAUGGCUAUGUACAAGGCAUUGUUAUUGGAGAUGCCUUUUAUUCUGGAUACAUUGUAACCCAAUAUCCCUAUAUGGAGGAUCCGCCGGCUGUCAUCGGAUGGGCAACUACAGCAACGAACCUGGGUUUUAUCGACGGCACUGAGUAUGCCGAUCCAGAUAUUAUCUGCCACCAGAAUGCCACUCCUGCACAGCUAUCUGCUCCAGUCGCUGCUGGGGGCACUGUUGAGCUUCAGUGGACUCCGUGGCCCGAUAGCCACUACGGCCCGGUUAUCACGUAUCUCGCCAAUUGCAAUGGCAACUGUUCGACGGUGGACAAAACCCAGUUGAAUUUUGUCAAAAUUGAUCAAGCUGGCUUGAUCAACGAUACCCAAGUACCGGGGACAUGGGCCGCGAAUGAGCUGAUCGCUGCCAACAACAGCUGGACUGUUACAAUUCCUUCGUCCAUUGAACCUGGGAACUAUGUAUUGCGACAUGAGAUCAUUGCUCUUCACUCGGCUCAGGAAGUGGAUGGGGCUCAGAAUUACCCCCAAUGUAUCAACUUGGAGAUUACCGGUAGCGGAACCGCCAGCCCGUCUGGUACUCCUGGAGAAGACCUCUAUAGCCCGACUGAUCCUGGUAUUUUGAUCAACAUUUACACGUCUUUGUCGACGUACAUCAUACCUGGACCAACGCUAUGGAGCGGUGCUUCAUCCGAUGUUGUUGCUCCUGCCAGCGCUACGCCGUCAGCUUCUACUACUACUGCUGCUGCUGCUGCUGCUGCUGCUUCCGAAUCAGUCUCAACUUCUGUGGUGACUGCGCUCACAACAUUAGCCUCGACCACCACAUUCUUUACCACUGUUACUGGUGGUAGUCAACCGACUUCGCCGUGUGGUAUCUAA